CGCCAAGUCAUCGGCUAAGAGAGACAGACCUCGUUGAACUUCCACUGGAGGUUUGUCUUUCUCCUCCUCGUCUGGUAACCCAUUCUUCUUCCAUUCCUAAUUCUAAUUCCCUUUUACAACUCAUCUGGAGUUUGAAGAUAAAUAAAAGCUAGGAAGCUUAGCUCUCGCUCAUUCUCUCUCCCUCUACGUCACCUAUUCAGCUCUAGUUUCGGUUGGAUAUUUCAGACAAGAUGUCGCAAACCCAUGCUCUUUCCGACGAUCAGGUCGCGGGGGAACUCCGCAAGAUGACUGCCUUUAUCCGGCAGGAAGCUUUGGAGAAGGCCCGUGAAAUUCAGCUCAAGGCCGACGAAGAGUUUGCCAUCGAGAAGUCGAAGCUCGUCCGCCAGGAAACCGCCGCCAUCGACACCCUAUAUGAGAAGAAGUUCAAGCAAGCCUCCAUGUCCCAGCAGAUUACCCGCUCCACCCUUGCGAAUCGCACCCGUCUUCGUGUUCUCUCCGCUCGCCAGGAACUGCUGGAUGAGUUGUUCCAGGAAGCUCGUGGCCAGAUCUCCGGAAUCGCCACCAAGGAUGCUAAGAAAUACGAAUCUGUGCUGAAGGCUCUGAUUCUCGAGGGCUUGUAUGCUCUUAACGAAGAUAAGGUGGAGAUCCGUGCGAAGAAGAGUGACUACGAUGCUAUCAAGAAGGUUGUGGGAGAAGCAGAGAAGGAGUUCAAGGAGAAUGUCGGCAAGGAUGUAUCGGUAAGCUUGGACGAAGAGGAGCCAUUGUCAGAAGAUUGUGCCGGUGGAGUUGUCGUCAUUGGUGGCCAGGGCAAGAUCGAGAUUAACAACACCUUUGAGGAGCGACUGCGACUGCUCGAAAUCGAUGCCCUCCCCGCUGUUAGGGAGACGCUAUUCGGAAAGAACACCAACCGGAAGUUCCACGACUAGAAGCAUACCUCCUUUUCCAAUCUACUAUAUCUGCGCGCUUUCUUCUUGUUCCAUCCUUGUAUCUAUGUAACUUCUGACCGACGUUUCUCAGCUUCCUGCUAUUCCUGGGAAAUCACCACAACUUGUAUACAGAUUUACCCUUUUCUGCGUUUCUCUUGUUCUUUUAAGAUUUGCUGUUAGAGCGCUGUUAGAGCGCUGUGCGGAGCAAGUUCUUCAACAGGUAUCAUCUUAGAGGAUAAUGAAGUCAUAUAUGGUAUAAAGAUAUGACCUCAAGUAGACCAUUGGCAGUAGC